AUGAAUGAUGUCAAAGGCGAUAAAAAAACCAGUGAAAAGAAGAAAAAGCGAAGGAAUCAUUCGCAAUUGGGGCCCGACUUUGUUGCUCCUGAUGGUGGAUUUGGUUGGUUUAUUUGUUUCGCUGCAGGAUUUUCCAAUUUUUGUACAUUUCCCGUUCUUCAACAAUUUGGUUUAAUUUUCCGUGAUCAUUUAGCGAUUCUUGAAAUUCCGGCAGCUGAAAUCACGACAAUAAUUAACAUGAAUCAAGCACUUACGUGUUUAAUUGGCUUAGCAAAUGGUCCGGUGUUUAGAAGAUUCACAUUUCGUCAAGUGUCGUUGUUUGGUGCAACUCUUGUUGCCACAGCACUUUUAUUCACUUCUUUCGCAGAUUCUUUCAUUAAAUUUCUUAUAACAUUUUCAAUCUUUUAUGGAGCUGGAUGUGGUUUGACAACAUCUGCAAAUUCAUUAGCUUUGAACACUUAUUUUAAAGAGAAGAGAAGAAUUGUCACUGGAAUUAGUUGGUCGUGUACAGCUCUUGGUCCGAUCAUCUUUCCACAUAUUGUCACCGCUUUAAUGCCACGUUUUGGUGUGCAGGGAACUGUUUUAAUCUUUUCAGCUAUCGCUAUGAAUGCAGUUUGUUGUGCAAUGUUGCUUCAGCCAGUGCGAUGGCAUACAGAGAAAAAGCCAAGAAAAUCAUCAGAAGAAGCUUUAGUUGAUCAAGUGACGGAAAUUAAAUGUCUCUAUUGUCAAUCAAUGAAGAAGAAGUCACACAGUUUGAUGUCAAGUCAAUAUCUUCACAAUGUUGAUGAUUAUUUAGCGCCCGGAUAUGAAAUUAUUGAUCCAGGAACUCCGAUGUUGGCAGCAGCUAAUGACGGUUGGUUUUCAUUAACUCCAGCAAAACGUUCACUUUAUGGAUCUAAAAUAAGUUUGUCAUCAAAGAAAGGUGGGGGUGGAUCAAGAAAACAAUCAAUUCCAUCAAACUUCAUCAACACGUCGAAUACUGAAGGGAAACCGAAAAGAACAAAAGAAAUUCUUUCGAAUGAGAAGAUUGAAGAGAAUCCAGCAGAAGAUUGUCCAUCACACAAAUCGCCAAACGAUAUGAAAAAUUCACAAAAUCUCCUUUCAAUUAAAGUCAAUUUACCACCACAACAAUAUAAAACAUCACCAACGACACCAUCAUUUGUAAUGAAACAAAUCAGCGAAGGGAAAUAUUUGAAAGACAAUAAAAGUAAUCGAUCGAUGCAAGGCAACAGCAGGCAAUCAUUUCGCAUGCGAUCAAACACGUUUAACAUUGAGAAAGAAAUUCUUAACGUUGCAAAAAGUAAACUCGAACAAUACAUGAAUGAUGCAAAUGAACACAUGAUAAAAUGCCAUUGCGAAGAAAUUAGAAAAGCUUUCAUUGAAGAACGACAAGUUCAAACGAAAGAAGUGGAAGAAGUAAAAUUUACUUUCUGGCAAAAGUUUGUAAUUUUCUUUGAUUUGGAUUUGUUGAAAGAUUUCACUUACAUCAAUAUUAUGAUCGGCAUAACAAUCGCAAACUUUGCCGAACUCAAUUUUUCAGUUUUGACACCUUUUGUUUUGGCUGAUUUUGGAUUCACAAAGUCACAAAUAUCGAUGUGCAUGUCAUUACUGGGGGCUGCUGAUAUUAGUUGUCGAUUCUUUAUUCCGUUUAUCGCGGGUUUCAUUGGAUGGGAGAAUCGAACAUUUUUCCUUGUUGGUGUGCUUGGAAUGGCUAUGGGAAGAAUUGUUUUAGCACAUUUUCAAAGCUAUUACAUCGCAUUGUUGGUUUUCUUGUGGAUCGGCUUCAACAAAGGAUUACGAACAGUAUUCAUGGUACUUUGCAUUCCUUCACAUGUUCCCCUUGAUCGAUUGCCAAGUGCUACUGGCAUUCAUCUUCUGUUUUCAGGAAUAUUUUACAUCGUCAUCGGCCCAGUUAUUGGUCUGAUCCGUGAUCAUUCAGAUUAUACAAUCACAUUGCAUUGCCUUAACAUAUCAACAUAUAUCUGCGCAUUAUCAUGGACCCUAGAAAGAUUGAUAAGAAAUCAUAACGAAAAACGAAAUAAAAUAGAACAAGAACAAAUAAAUCCACAAAAAAAAAAUAAAAUUGAUAUGUCGUCGAAAUUAGAAAACAAAGAUAAGAGUGCAUUGAAGAAGUCAACGAUCACUCCACCCGAUGGGGGAUUUGGAUGGUUUAUUGUGAUCGCAUAUGGAACAGCUAACGUGUUGAUUGUUCCCGUACUCACAAGCUUCAGUUUAAUUUUCAAAGAUAAAUUUCGAGAGCUGAACAUGACGGCACUCGAUGCGACUUUAAUAUUAAAUCUUAACUCAGCGCUUGGAAUGACUUUGGGACUUUUUAAUGGAGCCCUUUUGAAGUGUUUUGGAUAUCGUAAAAUUGCUGUUUUAGGUGGAACUUUGUUCUCGAGCGGGCUCAUUGCAACUUCAUGGGCCAACAGUUUUCGACACUUUUUAAUUACUUACAGUAUUAUUACAUCAAUCGGAAUGGGACUUUGUUCGUCAUCUUUCUCAUUAGCUUUGAACACAUAUUUCAAAGAGAGAAGAAAUAAAGCGUUUGGCAUUGGAGCGACAAUCACCGGCCUUGGACCAAUUUUUCUCCCGCAGCUUGUCUCAUUGCUUCUUUGUGUUUAUGGAGCUCAAGGUUGUGUUCUUGUUAUUGGGGGAAUGGCUUUGAAUAUUAUUCCCGCUGCCCUUUUGCUUCAACCUGUGAAAAGACAUCAAAAGGAAUCGUCACAAGAUGAAAUUGGAUCGAGUGAAGAGAAGGACAGUCUCUACAAGCCACAACCAUCAAUAAAUUCCAGGACAUCAACCCAAAGUCAUCAAAGAAAUUCAAUCGAAACGUUAUCAGAUGCCAGCGAUUAUUUAGAUACAUGUCCGAUUUAUCAUGAUGUCGAUUCACAAAGUAUUUAUGGCUUUGAUAUCAUUCAACAUCCGUUGAGGAAGAGUGAAGAGAUUUUAUGGAAAGAUUUGGAUUACAAAUUCCAAGUUCCAUCUAAAUCAACACAAUCGCAAACCUUACCUCCAGUAGCUCCGCCACCUACUUCAGAAUUCAUUCAAAUGCAAAUUAAUGGAGGCAGAAAUCGAUCUGGAAGCGCUGAUUACUCACCCAGAGGUUCCGAAGAGUUUAUCACAUUCAGUAAAAAGAAACGUUGGUUUGAAACUGAAUCAGUUACUUCAGUUAAUCUUGAAAGUUCAUUGAAACUUUUUCAUGAAGAUGAAAGGUCUUCUUUAGGAAAGACGACGUCAAGAUUGAGCAUUAUGAAUGGUGAGAAAGGUUUUUUCAAUCGACGAGCUUCAAUGUUCAAAAUUAAUAAAAUGCAAAGACGAAAUACUGUUGCAAUGAUAACAGAAUCUGAAACGUCACAACAAAAUCCUGAAACUGAAAAAGAAAUUCCAAAUAAAUCAAAAAAGAAGAAAAUUUCUUGCUUUCAUCGAAUCAAAGUUGGAUGGUUGCGUUUUAUUCGUGUCUUCGAUUUAGGAUUGUUGAGUGAUAAAAUCUACUUGAAUAUGAUGCUUGGCAUUGCAAUUGCAGUGUUUGCAGAGAUUAACUUUUCAUUACUUACGCCAUUCAUUCUGAGUGAAUUUAAUUACAAUACCGAACAAAUUGCUGUGUUCAUGUCAACACUCGCUGUUGUUGAUAUUUGUUGUCGAUUUAUUUCACCCUUUAUCGGUGAUUUCUUUAAGCAACCACCAAGACUUAUGUACAUGUAUGCGUUGCUUAUGUUGAUCAUAACAAGGACGAGUUUGUUAUUCGCUAGAAGCUACGAAGGAAUUUUAAUCGUCGCCAUGGGUCUUGGACUGGCUAAAGGUGUUCGAUCGGUUUACAUGAGUUUAGUCGUUCCAAGUUACAUUCCACUUGACAGACUCGCAGCAGCUUCAGGCAUUCAAAUGGUUGCGAAUGGUGUCAUCAUUUUAUCGAUGGGAUCAUUUGUUGGAAUUUUCCGUGACUUUUUCGGUAGCUACGCGGUUUGUAUCAUUUUUAUCAACAUUGUGACAUUUACGACACUGGUUCUGUGGACAUUCGAGAUGAUAUACAUGAAGCGACAGAAUGCGAAAAUAGCGAAAGACAAGGAAGAAAACGUAAUUCCAGAAUUAUGCAAAUUCAAGAUUGAAGUUCAUUGAGAUUUGUACUGAAAUUCGAUUUGAUUAUUCAUAAUCAUAAAUAAAGAAAUCAAAUGUCAAAGUGUAACAAACA